CUCAGGGUAGAAAAAAGGACAAAUAUGUACUAAAGCCGCUGAUUUGCAGAUUAAGCAAAUAUAGUGAAGCAGCAUGUGCCUGUCAAUGAAAAACUGGGAGGGAACGGUAGUAUCAGCAGCUUCUCCCGUGCGGCUAAUGAUUGGGUUUAGGGUGGGCUGAGUAUAUUCACUAACAACAUCUGAAGCUGCUGCCUUAAAUCUGCUCUCCGCUGCGGUCACGAUCUCUUUCUUGUGCAAAACCGGGAUAGACAGAGGGACAUUGGUACUCUGGUAAAGCUACAUUGGGUUGCGCUAUUCAGGACCCCUCGCUAUGGGCAGCCAGGAAGCAGAGACCCAGGAGACUUUGCAAACCCCAGUUCUAGAAAAUGGCAGACCAGAAGUUCCCAGUGAAGAGUCAAGCAGAUUUACCAGAGAUCAGCUCUUCACAAUGGCAGCAACAGCUUGUUUAAACUUCAGUUCAAUGAUUUGCUAUUCAAUCCUGGGGCCCUUUUUUCCAAGAGAGGCAGAGAAAAAGGGUGCCAGUGAUACGGUUGUUGGACUGAUUUUUGGAUCCUUUGCUUUAUCUAAUUUCUUGACUUCUUUAAUAUUAGGCAAUUAUCUUGUACAAAUUGGAGCCAAAUUCAUGUUUGUGGCUGGGAUGUUUGUCUCAGGAUGUGUUACAAUUCUGUUUGGUAUGUUGGAUAGAGCACCUGAUGGACCAGUAUUCAUUGGUUUGUGUUUUCUGGUUAGAGCGAUGGAUGCCAUAGGCUUUGCUGCAGCAGUGACAGCAUCAUUUUCUAUUCUAGCAAAGGCUUUUCCCAAUAAUAUAGCUACAGUAAUGGGUAGUCUUGAAACAUUUACAGGGCUUGGACUGGUGCUGGGCCCACCUAUAGGUGGCUUUUUGUAUCAGUCCUUUGGCUAUGAAGUCCCUUUCAGAGUACUAGGAUGCAUAGUGCUGAUCCUGGUGCCGCUGAACAUGUACCUCUUACCAAAAUACGAUGCAGUCGCUACCAAGGAAUCAUUCUGGAUGCUCAUUACUCUGCCAAAAGUUGUAUUUCUCUGUUUUACUAGAUUUUCACUAAGUGCGUGUUUAGGCUUUCUGGAUCCCACUAUGUCACUGUUUGUUUCAGAGAAGUUCAAAUUACCGGCUGGUUAUGUGGGUUUAGUAUUUCUAGCGUUGGCACUCUCCUACUCCUUGUCUUCACCAUUACUUGGGCUUCUAAGUGAUAAAAUGCCACACCUAAGGAAAUGGUUGUUGGUCUUUGGAGGUUUACUGACAGCAUUGUCCUUUUUCCUGUUAGGACCUGCUCCCAUCUUGCACAUUGAAAGCAAACUCUGGAUGUUUGUCCUAAUGCUGGUUUUAUAUGGCUUUUCCUUUGGGAUGACUGGUGUCCCACUGUUUCCUGAGAUGCUCAGUUGUGCUUAUGAGAAUGGAUUCGAGCAGGGGUUAAGUGCAUUAGGACUGGUGUCUGGGCUCUGUGGUGCAAUGUGGUCACUUGGAGGUUUUGUAGGACCAACAUUAGGUGGAUUCCUAAAUGAGAGGCUGGGGUUUGAAUGGGCUGCCGCCAUACAAGGAGGAUGGGCGUUAUUAAGUGGACUAGCUAUUGGAAUAUUCUAUAUCCUAGAGGCCUCACGAAGAAGAAGAUCCAGCCUACAGAUUCCUCCAGGCACAAAUGAAGAAAGAGUUCACCUUUUGGCUAGUGAGACGUAGCCAGAAAUAUUUUUGGAUCACUGUUCAUUUUUUUAUAGUUAACUUAGUGACGAGAAGAGUGGACUACACACACACACACACACAUGCAAUACUGCAUAAUUCUAGAGCUGGGGGUGGGGGAAAUCUUCCCAUAAUGCACAAUGAAUUGUGGUUUAUUUGUAACUGCAAUAUAAUUCUCCAGGGCUGUUCUGAUACUUGGAUAUUAAAUGUCGAAUGCCUUUCUUUUGGAUGUUCCUGCCGUGCAUUAGUUGAACUGGUAAAUAUCAGAUGUCAGCCGGCUUAUCUGUGUUCACUGUACAGCGUUCUGAAGAGCGGUUUUGCCCAACGUGAAAGAACUUUAUUUCAGAAUGUUCUACUUUUUGUACUUGUAUCUGCUGGAGACUAUUCCAGAUAGUCAG